AUGGAGACUGCCAUAUCUGCAGUUGCAGGUGAACUUGUGAGCCAGUUCAUCUCCUUCCUAAUAAACAAGUACAACUCCUUGAGCCAUGCCCGAUCAGAGGAGAAGGGAGUGGAGAGGUUGCAGCACCUCCUGAUGAGAGCUGGCACCAUCGUUGAGGAGGCAGACGCGCCAUACAUAACCAACUCCGGGAUGAUGAUGCAGCUUAAGACGCUCUCGGAGGCCAUGUACCGAGGAUACCGUGUGCUGGACAACUCAAGGUACCAUGCCCUCCAAGACAGUGCCGGCUUCGACGAGGUUAGAAUCAAUGACUCAUCUAGGAACAACUUAUAUAUAGCCAAGCGCUCUCGAAUAACAAAUGAUAUGGCCACGUGCCUCGAGUCACAUGGUGCCUUGGAAAGCUUAGAAAUUGCUGUUGCUAACAUGGCAGAAUUUGCUCUGCUUCUGGGUGGAUUUGAGCGUAUGUCUCGUAGGCCAUAA